AGAAAUAUAUUAUGUCAUAUAAUUAGAUAGCUCUAGCCUCGUUCCAACUUGUACCUAGUUUCAAACCCAAUAUCGUAUUGAAUCAAUCUCAAGAUCCAGCAGCGCACACCACUCCGUCUCAUCCACGAACCCAAACAUCAGCUCCUCCCGACCAUACUCAUACCACAUUGAUUCCUCAGCUAGACCUACCCCAUCAUCAACCGCCAAGAUGUCGACCAUGCCCGCGAGCCACGGCCACAACGAGGCCUGCUGCAACAUUCCGCCCGUGGUGACGACGGGAUACGAAGCUAAAGGCUCGUACAAGGAGUACGAUGGCUUGAAUACAUACACAACCGGCCCUGCCGAUGCCACCAAGGGCAUUAUCGUUAUCUACGACAUCUUUGGCUACUUCGACCAGACCGUCCAGGGUGCCGAUAUCCUCGCGACGAGCGAUGCCCAGAAGUACCAAGUCUUCAUCCCGGACUGGUUCAAAGGGGAGCCGUGCCCCAUUGAGUGGUACCCGCCCAACACCCCCCAGAAACAAAAGGAUCUAGGCGCCUUCUUCGGCAAGAACCCUCCCGCAGGCGUGGCCCAGAGCCUGCCCGGUUACGUCGAUUCCCUCAAGGCCAAGCACCCCGAGAUCAAGUCAUGGGGCGUCCUCGGUUUCUGCUGGGGCGGCAAGAUCGUCAGCCUCGUCACCUCGAGCGCCUCCAACCCCUUCUCCGUGGGCGCCGAGUGCCACCCGGCGAUGGUGGACCCCCAGGAGGCCGAGAACAUCAAGGUGCCGCUGAUCAUGCUGGCGUCGGGGGAGGAGCCCGAGGACAAGGUGCAGCAGUUCGGGGCGAAGCUGCAGGGCGCCGCCAAGCACGUCGAGACCUUCAAGGACCAGGUGCACGGCUGGAUGGCCGCGCGCGCCGACCUGUCCGACGACAGGGUCAAGGAGGAGUACGCGAGGGGCUAUAAGACGGUGCUGGACUUCUUUGCGAAGAAUUGGUCGUGAGUUUGUUUGAGAUGGAAAUAAUCUUUUGGUUUGGGGCGAAGAGAAUAGGAGGCUAAGAUGCGAUAAGGGACGGAUCUUUCCCCGGUUUGGCGAGAUUGUAGGUACGGAGGGUGUAAGUCAGUGUAGCGUGCGUGGCCGGAAUUUGACGAAACGAAAGUACAUACAUACAUAGUGGAUUGAAGAAUGCCAGAUCGGAACUUCUCUACUAAAUACAACACAUAUAUCUUGUUUG